UCCUCGCAAUUUAACAGGAAAGCCGCUCACAAAACACUCCCCACAUCACCAAAGCGCCCCAAGCAACAUAAGCGAGUCUUCUUCUGAUCCAGUGCUCCGUCCCGAUCCUCAUCAUCAUCAUCAUCAAUAUCAUGGCUCAGCCAAUUCCAGCUCCAGCUCCAGCUCCAGCUCCAACUGCCGCACAGUUUGCCAACCCUCUUCCCAUCAUCGGUACUCAGUACUGUGAACCUUACCCCGUUGAUCUUUCGGUUGUCAGAAAAGACAAGUUCAUGUCCCCUGGUAACUUUGUUGUCACAGCCACCAACGAAUCCAAGAACACCGUCAUUUUCACAGCGAAAAGAAAUUUAAUGACCCUUGAUCUUGAUCAGCGUGUUCUGCUUGAUGCUGCUGGAAAGCCUAUUGUCACUCUUCGACAGAAGAGAAUGAUCAUGACUUCACAACAAAGAUGGAAUGUGUACAGGGGCGAAAGCAAAGAGCCCAGGGAUCUGAUUUUUACUGUUAAGCGAUCAGUUUCAAUGUUUCAACGGAAGGCUAAGGUACAUGUGUUCUUGGCAAAUAACACAAAAGAAGAGGUAUGCGACUUCAUGGUUCAAGGGAGUAGGGCUGAAAAGUCUUGCGUCGUUUAUACCGGAGAUCAUACCAAUAUAGUUGCCCAGAUGCAUAAGGAGAUCACCCUUCGAUGCAGUGUUCUGACCGGGAAAGACAAGUACUCGGUAACUGUUCAUCCUAACGUUGAUCAUGCAUUCAUAGUCGCGCUUAUUGUGAUUCUAGACGACAUGAACAGACCAUCAUGAUUUCUGGCAUGACCAGGGCUGGAGUUAUAACGACAGUAGUUGGAAAUUAAAUUUUAAUGCAAGUGCGUUUAAAUAUACAUAAUUAGCUGUGUAAUGAUGGAUAGACAGACUUUUUAGAUAAAUAAAUGAGCUAGUUUGUACUUGUUAGUUGAACGUGCAACCAGCUUCUUGGACAAGUCAAUACUAAAAUUAAGAAAAAAGUUAGUCUAAUGUACAAGUAAGUUAAUUUGC